CGUAGAGCGGGCGAACAGGGGAAGAGCCAGGGCUUAGCGGAGGCUCACACGGAGACAAGAACUUAUUCAACAAGUUUACCCCCCUGCCUUCCUCUUUUCGAUGUGCGUUUUCGGACAUGCGGAGGUUACUGGAACCGUGUUGGUGGAUUUUGUUCCUGAAAAUCACCAGUUCCGUGCUCCAUUAUGUCGUGUGCUUCCCCGCCUUGACGGAAGGCUACGUCGGGGCCCUGCACGAGAACAGACACGGCAGCUCAGCGCAGAUCCGCCGGCGUAAGGCCUCAGGUGACCCGUACUGGGCCUACUCAGGUGCCUAUGGUCCUGAGCACUGGGUCACAUCUAGUGUCAGCUGCGGGGGCCGUCUCCAGUCUCCCAUUGACAUUGUAGACCAGCAUGCACGGGUCGGCGAAGAGUACCAGGAGCUGCAGCUGGACGGCUUUGACAAUGAGUCUUCUAACAAAACCUGGAUGAAAAACACAGGGAAGACAGUUGCCAUCCUUCUGAAGGACGACUAUUUUGUAAGUGGUGCUGGCCUGCCUGGCAGAUUCAAAGCCGAGAAGGUGGAAUUUCACUGGGGACACAGCAAUGGCUCUGCGGGCUCAGAACACAGCAUCAACGGGAGGCGCUUUCCUGUCGAGAUGCAGAUUUUCUUUUAUAAUCCAGACGACUUUGACAGCUUUCAAACUGCAAUUUCAGAAAACAGAAUAAUCGGAGCCAUGGCCAUAUUUUUUCAAGUCAGUCCAAGGGACAAUUCCGCACUGGAUCCUAUUAUCCAUGGGUUGAAGGGCGUCGUACAUCAUGAGAAGGAGACCUUUCUGGAUCCUUUCGUCCUCCGGGACCUCCUGCCUGCGUCCCUGGGGAGCUAUUACCGGUACACGGGUUCUCUGACCACCCCACCGUGUAGCGAAAUCGUGGAGUGGAUCGUCUUCCGGAGGCCAGUCCCCAUCUCUUACCAUCAGCUCGAGGCUUUUUACUCCAUUUUCACCACGGAGCAGCAAGACCACGUCAAGUCGGUGGAGUAUCUGAGAAAUAACUUCCGACCACAGCAAGAGCUGAACGGCAGGGUGGUGUCCAAGUCUGCGGUCCGAGACGCCUGGAACCACGACAUGACAGACUUCUUAGAAAACCCACUGGGGACAGAAGCCUCUAAAGUUUGCAGCUCUCCGCCGGUCCACAUGAAGGUGCAGCCUCUGAACCAGACUGCGCUGCAGGUGUCCUGGAGCCAGCCUGAGACCAUCUACCACCCGCCCAUCAUGAACUACAUGAUCUCCUACAGCUGGACCAAGAACGAGGAUGAGAAGGAGAAGACGUUCACGAAGGACAGCGACAAGGACUUGAAAGCCACCAUUAGCCAUGUGUCCCCUGAGAGCCUUUACCUGUUCCGGGUCCAGGCGGUAUGUCGGAAUGACAUGCGCAGUGACUUCAGCCAGACGAUGCUCUUCCAAGCUAAUACUACUCGAAUAUUCCAAGGGACCAGAAUUGUUAAAACAGGAGUGCCCACAGCGUCUCCUGCCUCGUCAGCCGACAUGGCCCCCAUCAGCUCGGGCUCUUCCACCUGGACAUCCUCCGGCAUCCCCUUCUCAUUUGUCUCCAUGGCGACUGGGAUGGGCCCGUCCUCUAGCGGCAGCCAGGCCACCGUGGCCUCGGUGGUCACCAGCACGCUCCUGGCCGGCCUGGGCUUCAGCGGCGGUGGCAUCCCCUCCUUCCCCAGCACGGUGUGGCCCACACGCCUGCCCACGGCCGCCUCUGCCAGCAAGCAGGCCGUCAGGCCCGUCCUGGCCACCACGGAGGCCUUGGCUUCCCCAGGCCCCGACGGCGACUCGGCACCGAGCAAGGACAGCGAGGGCACAGAAGAAGGGGAGAAGGAUGAGAAAAGUGAGAGCGAGGACGGGGAACGGGAGCACGAGGACGAGGGGGAGAAGGACCCUGAGAAGAAGAAGAGCGGGGUGACCCACGCUGCCCAGGAGCCAAGGCAGGACGAGCCCACCCCCACACCAUCGUCCGCCAACAGGACGGCCGAGGAGGGGGGACAUCAGACUCUGCCCGGGCCCAGGCAGGACCGCACUGCCGUCCCCACAGACCAGCCCGAUGACGUGAGGGAUGCCCGCCCUGGCCUGGACUCUGGCUCGGUCACCUCCACCCAAGUGCCCCCCACAGUCACAGAGGAGCAUUUCCAAGGGAGCGAUUCCAGGAGGCCCCAGAUGCCAUCGAAAAAGCCCAUGUCCCGAGGGGACCGAUUUUCUGAGGACAGCAAAUUUAUCACUGUUAAUCCAGCAGAAAAGAACACCUCUGGAAUGAUAAGCCGUCCUUCUCCAGGGAGGAUGGAGUGGAUCAUCCCUCUGAUUGUGGUAUCAGCCUUGACCUUCGUGUGCCUCAUCCUUCUCAUCGCUGUGCUAGUUUACUGGAGAGGGUGUAACAAAGUAAAGUCCAAGGGCUUUCCCAGACGUUUCCGUGAAGUGCCUUCUUCUGGGGAGAGAGGAGAGAAGGGGAGCAGGAAAUGUUUUCAGACAGCUCAUUUCUAUGUGGAAGAUAGCAGUUCACCUCGGGUCGUCCCCAAUGAAAGUAUCCCUAUUAUCCCUAUUCCGGAUGACAUGGAAGCCAUUCCUGUCAAACAGUUUGUUAAACACAUUGGUGAGCUCUAUUCUAAUAACCAGCAUGGGUUCUCCGAGGAUUUUGAGGAAGUCCAGCGCUGUACGGCUGAUAUGAACAUCACUGCAGAACAUUCCAAUCAUCCAGAUAACAAGCACAAAAACAGAUACAUCAACAUUUUAGCAUAUGAUCACAGUAGGGUGAAGUUAAGACCUUUACCAGGAAAAGACUCUAAGCACAGCGACUACAUUAAUGCAAACUAUGUCGAUGGUUACAACAAAGCGAAGGCCUAUAUCGCCACCCAGGGACCUUUAAAGUCUACAUUUGAAGAUUUCUGGAGGAUGAUUUGGGAACAAAACACUGGAAUCAUUAUCAUGAUUACAAACCUUGUGGAAAAAGGAAGGCGAAAAUGUGAUCAGUAUUGGCCAACAGAGAAUAGUGAGGAGUAUGGAAACAUUAUUGUCACACUGAAGAGCACAAAAGUACAUGCCUGCUACACUGUUCGUCGUUUUUCAGUCAGAAAUACAAAAGUGAAAAAGGGUCAGAAGGGAAAUCCCAAGGGUCGUCAGAAUGAACGGGUCGUGAUUCAGUAUCACUACACUCAGUGGCCUGACAUGGGAGUUCCUGAGUAUGCACUCCCGGUCCUGACCUUCGUGAGGAGAUCCUCGGCCGCCCGGACACCAGAAAUGGGCCCUGUGUUGGUGCACUGCAGCGCUGGUGUGGGCAGGACUGGCACCUAUAUCGUAAUAGACAGCAUGCUGCAGCAGAUCAAAGACAAAAGCACAGUUAACGUCCUGGGAUUCCUGAAGCAUAUCAGGACACAGCGUAACUACCUCGUCCAGACUGAGGAGCAGUACAUUUUCAUCCAUGAUGCCUUGUUGGAAGCCAUUCUAGGAAAGGAGACCGAAGUAUCUUCGAAUCAGCUGCACAGCUAUGUUAACAGCAUCCUCAUACCGGGAGUAGGAGGAAAGACACGGCUGGAGAAACAAUUCAAGCUGGUUACACAAUGUAAUGCCAAGUAUGUGGAAUGCUUUAGUGCUCAGAAAGAGUGUAACAAAGAAAAGAACCGAAACUCUUCAGUCGUGCCAUCUGAGCGUGCCCGAGUGGGUCUUGCACCGUUGCCUGGAAUGAAAGGAACAGAUUACAUUAAUGCUUCUUAUAUCAUGGGCUAUUAUAGGAGCAAUGAAUUUAUUAUAACCCAGCAUCCUCUGCCACAUACUACGAAAGAUUUCUGGCGAAUGAUUUGGGAUCAUAAUGCACAGAUCAUCGUCAUGCUGCCAGACAACCAGAGCUUGGCAGAAGAUGAAUUUGUAUACUGGCCAAGUCGAGAAGAAUCCAUGAACUGUGAGGCCUUUACCGUCACCCUUAUCAGCAAAGACAGACUGUGCCUCUCUAAUGAAGAACAAAUUAUCAUCCAUGACUUUAUCCUUGAAGCUACACAGGAUGACUACGUCCUAGAGGUUCGGCACUUCCAGUGUCCCAAAUGGCCUAACCCAGAUGCCCCCAUCAGCAGUACUUUCGAACUUAUCAAUGUCAUCAAGGAAGAGGCCUUAACAAGGGAUGGCCCUACCAUUGUUCAUGAUGAGUAUGGAGCAGUUUCAGCAGGAAUGUUGUGUGCCCUUACCACCCUGUCCCAGCAACUGGAGAAUGAAAAUGCUGUGGAUGUUUUCCAGGUUGCAAAAAUGAUUAAUCUUAUGAGGCCUGGAGUAUUCACAGACAUUGAACAAUACCAGUUUGUCUAUAAAGCGAUGCUCAGCCUGGUCAGCACUAAAGAAAACGGAAACGGUCCCAUGACAGUGGACAAAAAUGGUGCUGUUCUCAUUGCGGAUGAAUCAGACCCUGCUGAGAGCAUGGAAUCUCUAGUGUGAUUGGAAUCCCGGAAGGGCACUGAAUUUGUAAAACUUCUGAAGACUGAGAACUUUUUUGAGGCCUUUUUUGCCAGACUCUAGGUUAUACAAUAACCCAGUUACUUUUUUACACUGAUAAAAGUUUUGAUAUUUAUUUUUUGCCAUUUUAUGUCUUAAUGGUAUCCUACUGAGCAUUUGCACCUCUGUUCAUUUCACACAGUGAAACGCAGUUUUCCCCAGUUUGCACUAUACGAUCAGUGUUACUGCCUAUAAUCUAAUACGAAAGCCCUGAUGUGACAUUCCAUGACAACAUACAUGCUACUUUUUAGUUCAGUACAGUGAAGGUCUUUGUUAUGACAGUGAAUCUUGGUUUAUGUUUAUUAUUAUUAUUAUUAUUGUUAUUGCUAAAGCAGUUGCAUCCUCCUAGCAGGCAAUGCUGAACUUUUCCUCAGUCCUCUCCUAUUUUUUUCAGGCACUGCUCCGUACUGUCUGCCUUCUGUAUUUUAAUGGAGUGAAUGGGCAUUGUUUUCUUUUAAGGAAUAGCAGGUUCCUGGGAGCUACUAAGACAGUCUAUCAACCUCAUGGCCUUGAAACAGUUCUUCUUAUGAUGGUGAAGGUAUCCAUUAAGAAAUUAGAAGGCUUUAAGAGCUUUAUGUGAACAUCACUUAUUAGUUAAAGUUAUAUUCAUAGCCUAAAAAAAAUGCCCAACUGUGUCAAAAUAAAGGAUAUCUCUGUAUUACAAUUUUCACAGUA